AUGGAGGAUGAAGACCAAAUGGAUGCAUCAUUCGACGACUUCGACGAUGGCUCUGAUGACGACAGUUUCGGUGGCAAUUUCAGAGUGCUGUCCUUGGAGGAGAAGAAAGCAUGCAUCAAAAAGUUCCGCCAAAACCGAGACAAGGUGCGAGAGGUCGACCUGGAUGGAAACCCUAUACCAGUGGUGGUCGAUAAGAUGCGAGCCAAUGUGGUGGGCCAGAAUGAAACACUGGAAGAAGUUGGAGUGAACGAACUGCUGACGCAUGAUGCCAAGGUCCUCAGCCUGACGUUCCACAAGUCAUAUGACAUGGUAAAAAAAUUCAACACUGAAUUCAAAUUCGAUAAACGCGACUUCAACAAACUACUUGGGCAAAUGGUGUCUGGCGCAGGGAGAAUUGAUAAUGCCGAAUCUGCGAGCCCCUUCCGUCCCAAACAUCUGGUUAAGAUCAGCAAAAUGUGUCAACACAUAAUGCACGCUGUCCCUACUGUGAUUCCGUCCUUUUUAACGCCUGAAAAUCACAUCAGGAAGACGAUUGUUCGCCGUCCACGACAAACUCAAUCGUCAGUUGCCACACAGCCAAAGAGAGUUGACUCGACUAAUAUGAAAAAUGUGGAGGACGAGUCUGAAAAGCGCAUGCGAAAGAUACACGAAAAAUUGGAAAAGUUGCAGCGCCGAAACAAAUCUGGCACACCGCUACUUCAGAGCAUCAUCGACCCUACCUCAUUCGGCAAAACGGUGGAAAACUUUUUCAACAUUGCCUUUUUAGCGCGUCAAAAGCGGAUCAAAAUUGAACCUGACCUCAACCUUCCAGAUGAUGAGCCCAUUGUGACGGCAUUAGGCGCUCAAAAUGUCGAUGAUGACGAAGAAGAGGGAGAGGCAGCAGUGGAUACUUCUCACAAGGCCAUUCAAUCGGUUUUGACGCUAGACCAUGAAACAUUCCAACUGCUGGUAAAGAAUCUGGGAAUCACACAACCAGCUGUCUAG